AUGGCCUUGGGCCACUUGAACAUCAAUUAUGAAUUUGAACAAACGAUGCCUCAUAGUGAAGUUGCUUAUAAGUAUAAUCCCUUUGGUCGUAUCCCUUCCCUAUUGCAUAAAGAAGCGGACAAGGAUCCACUCAUCAUCUUUGAAUCAGCUGCUAUUCGUGACUAUAUUGAUAGCGUCUUUGAUGCUACUCUCACACCAAAGGACCUGACCACUCGUAUCAAAAUGGACGAACUCAUUAGUAUUCUCUGCGAUUACAUUUUCCAUCAUGUCAUAUUUGGAGUAGCCAAGCCUCGCAUGGACUAUGAACAGCAGGGAAAAACUGAACCCGAAAUUCAAAAUCUUCUGAGCAAACCAUUGAGAAAGGCGGGCAAAUUGAUAGAAGCUAUGGAUAAUCGGUUAUCUGACAGCAGUAAUUUUUUGUGUGGCGAUCAAUUGACUUGGGCUGACUAUUUUGUGUAUCCCGUUAUGGCGGAUCUUUAUGCAAUUCCUGAAGCUGGUUUUUUCCAGGAAAAGGGCCCACGACUUUAUAGAUGGUACACGAACUUUAAGGAUCGUGAAGAAGUCAUUUGCACGUAUCCUGACACAGUUGCUGAUAUAAGAACGAGGAAGAUGAGUAGUAGUAGUAGUAGCCUAUAA